GACGAUGCCGUCUUCCGGCCCAUCCCCCUCCGUUCGGGCAGAGGCGACGUUGAUGCUGAUACUGGUGGGCGUAGCCACGGAAAUUCUGCCAAGGAGGAGGCUGACGAUGGUCGUGGGCGACGGCGCCGGCGGCGACAGCGGCGGGAGCAUCGACGGCGGCGACGCCGAAGGCGGACGAUGGACGACGAUCGGCGAACGCGGUCGCCAGCUACGCCGGGCUCACCAGACUUGCCGGUUACUCCAGCCACUCCGCCGGGCGCCGCAGUUAUAGCCCGGGGCGUGGCUCGGCUCGGACGAACGCCGUCCGACAUGCUCGAUCUCAUGGCGCUGAGCGUCGAGGCUGAGUCGGUCGGCUCGACCCCGCGGAUCGGCCCAAGGCCGACUUGGGAUAGCGACGACAACUCUGCUACGUCCGAGCCACAUCGUGAACCCAGGUGCGAGCCCGAUUCCGACGCGGACUCGGGCAUGUCCUGCACCUCUGUGGGAAGCGGGAACUACUCGCCGUACGAGGCCUCUUCUGCUAUCACCGAGGAGGCUGGUGACUACGCUGCCCACUUGGAGCGACUGGGCGUGAUCUCUGUUGACGUGCCCGUCUCGCAUGAGGCAUCUCGCUCCCGCAGCCGCGCCUCGCGCUCGCCGCAUCCCGAGCGCGUGUCCGGUGCCGAGGACAGCCCUACCCGCCGAGGCCGGUUGCACCAGCUUCGGUUCUACUCGUCGUCGCUGCUUCCAUCACAAGCCCGCUAGCUGGACGUAAGCCGUAUUACGUUUGUUUUGGGUUGGGUUGUUAUAGAGUAAGCACCAUCUGGAUCGUCAGACUGUUUCGCUGUCGCCUUUGCACUCUUCUGUGUGUGUAUCUCCACAAAAUCCCGACCCGCCAUACCGCCGGGACCUGGACCGAGACCGGGGUCGGGAUCGGAGUCGUGGGGCUGUGGUCGCGGCUGGGUCACGUGACUUGUGGCCACACGUAACUUGAUUAUCAACAUGAAGGUUACCCUUGCUAUCUUUGCUGCGCUUGUGGCAGUUGCUAUUGCUGCCCCCAUCGUCAACCAUGACAUCAUCGCUGCGGUGAACAAUGAUGAGUCGUCGACAUGGACGGCUGGUGUGAACAAGGCGUUCGAGGGCAUGUCCGUCGAGCAGAUGAAGGCGCUCCUCAACGUCCAGGUGACCAAGGAGCAGCCGAUCGGCCUGGUCGGCCCCGAUGCCGCCAAGACUAUGCAGGAGGAGGCUGACCGCGUCGCUGCGUCGCUCCCGUCUUCGUUCGAGGCUGCCAAGGCUCACCCCGAGUGCGGCACUCUCCUUUCGCCGAACGGCAUCGAGAACCAGGAGCGCUGCGGCUCGUGCUGGGCGUUCUCGGCCACCGAGGUCCUCGCUGAUGAGCUCUGCUUCCUCUCCAAGGGCAAGGUCCAGAUGGAGCUGUCCGCCCAGGACCUCGUCUCGUGCGACCGCACCAACAUGGGCUGCAACGGCGGCAUGCUCGGCGCUGCCUGGACUUACAUGGAGCGGUCGGGUGUUGCCACCUGGGAGUGCCUCCCGUACACCUCCGGCAACGGCACCACCGGCCAGUGCCCGUCGCAGUGCGCCGAUGGCUCGCCCAUCAAGCGCUACCACGCUACUGGUGCCAAGCACAUUACCUCGCUCUUUGGCCGCGCCGACAAGAUUGCCGAGCAGCUGAUGACCUACGGCGUUGCCCAGGCCGCCUUCACCGUCUACGCUGACUUUAUGCAGUACAAGUCGGGCGUCUACGUCCACAAGACCGGCAACGAGCUCGGCGGCCAUGCUGUCAAGAUCGUCGGCUUUGGCGAGCUCAACGGCGUCCCCUACUGGAAGGUCGCCAACUCGUGGGGUGACUCGUGGGGCAUGGAUGGCUUCUUCCUCAUCAAGCGUGGCGACAACGAGUGCGGCUUCGAGGCUGACGUCUGGAUGGGCCAUGCUGCCUCGACCACCCCGUCGCUCUAAGUCUGGCACCGAGGCGACCCUUUCGUCGCUCCCGACCCGGUGUGCCCGUCUCGCUUCGAUGCGUCUUUCAACUCUGGCGUGGACAGAGAGUGGUCGGGCCACACCUGUGCUUGGCUGAUUUAAAGCUAGGAUUUUUGACGA